GACACCUGGAAACGUCCCGUGGCAUAUUUCUCUAAACAACUGGAUCAAGUUGCCAAGGGGUGGCCGGCAUGUUUGCGGGCAGUCGCAGCAACUGCCCUAGUGCUUGGGGAAGCCGAGAAACUGACACUGGGGGAAUUGUGCAGGUGUAUACUCCCCACAUGGUCCAAGCCCUGCUGGAUACUAAGGGUGGUCUCUGGCUCACACCGGCUCGGGUUGCUCGGUAUCAGGCUAAACUGUUAGAAAAUCCUGAAGUUACCCGACAGACCUGUCCCUCCCUCAACCCAGCCACCCUGUUACCGGAGACAGAGGAGCAGGAACACGACUGUUUGGAGGUCAUAGAUGCCCAAUACUCCAGCCGCCCGGACUUAAAAGAUCAACCCCUCCCGAAUGCUGCUUAUGAAUGGUACACCGACGGCAGUAGUACUGUUACAAACGGACAAAGGAGGGCUGGCUAUGCUGUUGUAACUCUCCACAAAACCAUGGAAGCAGAGGGUUUUCCUGCUGGGACAUCAGCCCAGCUGGCUGAAUUGGUAGCCUUAACUCGUGCACCUGAACUGUCAAAAGGGAAAAGAGUUAACAUUUUUACUGAUCCCAGAUAUGCUUUUGGAGUGCUACACGCCCAUGCCGGUCUGUGGAAGCAGAGAGGAAUGCUAACAGCCCAAGGCUCUCCGGUCAAGCACGGGCUUCAAAUUCUCCGGCUUUUAGAAGCGGUACAGCUCCCCGCAGCGGUAGCAGUGGUGCACCGCAAGGCUCAUCAAAGGGAAGAUCAAGAUGUGGCUGGGGUAAUGCCAGGGCGGACAGGGAGGCCAAGCGAGCUGCUACCCUGGAACCCCCGGAAGCUGAAGAUGCCCAUGUGCAUGUCCUCAUCCCAUCAGUGGGGGAGCUCCCGACCCCUCAGUACUCUCACGAAGAGAGGAACCUGGCCGACACACUUGGGCUCCAGGGAAAGGAGAGAUGGCUCCACUCCACGGAAGGAAAAAUCCUCCUACCAAGGAAUCUAAUACGGCCAGUGCUACAGAAACUGCAUCAGACCACCCAUGCCGGCAGAGAGACUCUUUCCCAGCUUAUGAAUAAA